GACUCUGGUGGAUGAGGAAGCGGAAGUGUUGCAGCCUCGGCCCAAUCUGCUUUGGCUGCCACGUUGGUGGAGACGUGGACUUGUGGGACCGGCGGCGCUGCGUCGCCUGGACGAUCCGCGGCACCGACAACACACUGAGCCCGAGCCUAGCUUGCAAGAAUGAAGCUUAAAGAGAUCAAUCGGACGGCUGUCCAGGCGUGGAGUCCAGCUCAACAUCACCCCAUUUACUUGGCUGCGGGCACUUCAGCCCAGCAGCUGGAUGCUACAUUCAACACCAAUGCUUCCCUGGAGAUCUUCGAGCUGGACCUAGCUGACUCCACUCUGGAUAUGAAACCCUGCGGUACUUUCUCUUCCAGCCACAGGUACCACAAGCUGAUUUGGGGAGCUCCAGGAAAUGGCUCCAAGGACAUGACAGCUGGUGUCCUUGUUGCCGGUGGUGAAAAUGGGAACAUCAUUCUGUACAACCCUUCUGAAAUUAUUGCAGGAGGCGAGGAGGCUGUGAUUGGCCAGAAUGAUACUCACAGUGGUCCCGUCAGAGCACUCGAUUUCAAUCCUUUUCAGAAUAACCUUGUUGCCUCGGGAGCCAAUGAGUCCGAGAUCUACAUCUGGGAUUUGAACAAUUUUGAAACUCCGAUGACUCCAGGAUCAAAAUCGCAGCCACCAGAGGACGUCAGUUGUGUUGCCUGGAACAGGCAGGUUCAGCAUAUUCUGGCCUCGGCCAACCCGAGCGGGCGCGCUGUUGUUUGGGACCUGAGGAAGAAUGAACCGAUAUUGAAAGUCAGCGACCACACCAACCGAAUGCACUGCUCGGGCCUGGCUUGGCACCCCGACAUUGCCACGCAGAUGGCCGUGGCCUCCGAGGACGACCGAAUGCCGGUGAUCCAGAUGUGGGACCUCCGGUUCGCAACGUCUCCCCUGCGUACGCUGGAAAGCCACACAAGAGGGAUUUUAGCCAUUGCCUGGAGCCUGGCGGACCCAGAGCUGCUUCUGAGUUGUGGCAAGGAUAACCGCAUGCUUUGCUGGAACCCCAACACUGCAGAGGUUGUGUAUGAGCUACCUACAGCUACCCAGUGGUGUUUUGAUAUCCAGUGGUGUCCCAGGAAUCCAGCUGUCCUCUCUGCAGCUGCUUUUGAUGGUCACAUCAGCAUCUACUCCCUCAUGGGCGGAAAUCUCGAUGCGCAAAGGCAGCAGCAGGUUGAUAAUAUUUCCUCUUCCUUUGGGAACUUGGAUCCAUUCGGUACAGGACAAGCUCUUCCUCCCUUGCAUCUCCCUCAGGCAAUCACUCAGCCUAGUGCCGUGAUGCCUCUGAAAAAGCCUCCCAAGUGGAUCCGCCGCCCCGUGGGAGCUACAUUUGCUUUUGGAGGAAAGCUGGUGACGUUUCAGAACCUGAAGCCACAGGCUCAGGCCCAGCAGCAGCAAGAAGCCCCGUUCCAGGUGUUCGUCAGCCAGGUCGUCACCGAGUCCGAGCUUCUGAACCGUUCCAACGAGCUGCAGAAUACCAUCCAUUCAGGGAGCUUUGUGGAGUAUUGUCAGUCAAAAAUUAACGCUGCUCAGACUGACUUUGAGAGAAAUGUUUGGGGGUUCUUAAAGGUUAACUUUGAGAAGGAUCAUCGCAAUAAGUACUUGGAGCUUCUAGGAUACAAGCAAGAAGAACUUACGGAGAAGAUUGCAACGGUGCUGCAAAGUGAUGCAGACAAGAUUGACCUUCCAGCAGACCAGGAUCCAGGAGACUCUGAGCAGACAACAGAGAGUGCUGAAGACAACCUUGCUAUGGAAGAUCAGUCCCUAGGGGAGACAGACGAUGAGCAUGAAGAGGAUGAGGAGGAUUUGGACCUAAACAUGGCCACAUCCGAGAAGCAAGUUGAGAAAGAAACAAAAUUCAAUAUCUCCGUCAGUGGAGAUGUUGACGGGUUGAUUACCCAGGCCUUGUUGACAGGCAACUUUGAAGGAGCCGUUGAUCUGUGCUUGUAUGAUAAUCGAAUGGCAGAUGCCAUCAUCUUAGCGAUAGCUGGAGGCCAGGAACUUCUGGCUAAGACGCAAAAAAAAUACUUUGCCAAAACAAAAAGCAAGAUUACCAGGUUGAUAGAUGCUGUGGUGACAAGGGAUUGGAAAGAAAUUUUACAGUCAUGUGAUCUUCAGAAUUGGAAAGAAGCUUUGGCUGCCUUGCUGACUUACGUCGGGCCUGAUGAAUUUGCCACACUGUGUGAUUAUUUGGGCGCACGUUUGGAGAGUGAAGGAGACAACAACCUUCAGGCUCAAGCCUGCCUGUGCUAUAUCUGUGCCGGUAACGUGGAGAAACUAGUUGUCUGCUGGGAUAGAGCUCAGAAUGGCAACUCUCCUCUUGCUCUUCAGGAUCUCAUUGAGAAAGUAGUGAUUUUGCGCAAAGCUGUCGAACUUACCCAAGGAGCACACAAUAAUGGAGUUGGGGCUGUUCUAGCGGAGAAGAUGAGUCAGUAUGCUGGUCUACUGGCAGCCCAAGGAAGUUUGGCUGCUGCUUUGUCUUAUCUGCCUACCGACGCAAAUCAGAUGGCAAUCCUACAUUUACGAGACAGACUGUUCCGUGCCCAGGGUGAACAUGCAGCAGAGCAAGAAUCGGCUUCUUUAUCUCACGGGAAGCAUCAAGCUCCAAGAGGCAGAGCAAGUUCUGGUCAUUCACUUUACCAGGGGAAACCACAACAUGCGGCAUCCACACAGCAGUACUACCCACAGGAUGAAGUCCCCCCACCGCCAGGUUUUGCUUUGCAGGCAAUUCCAAAUCCUGCUGGGCAGCUGCAGUCACAAGGCUCACCAUCCACUGCAUAUAAUGUCUAUUCUCAAGUCGGGUCACGUCAGACGUUCCCUCCAACUCAUCAACCACAGCAGUACCCUCACGGAGCAGGGGGUCCAACGUAUUAUCAACCUACUGCACCUCCAGCCCCUUCUUCCUACCCACCUGCAUAUUUGCAAUCUGCCCCUUCUCACUCUCUGCCUUCGUCUGUGGCUUCUCAGUACCCGGGACAGCCGCAGCUUUCCCCUGCAGCGUCUGGGCCUGCCUCUGCUCUUCCUCCUCUCCCCGGAGCAUCCUACCAGCAUGGCGGACCUGGAGCUCCGGCAUCGUCAGUGGCCUACCCUCCCUCAGCGGGACCACCAGGACCUCAAAAUGGUUGGAAUGACCCUCCAACUUUGAGUAGGAUGACAAAGAAAAAGCAAAUGUUUCCAGGCAACUUUACACCCUUUUCUCCCAUCACUGCUCCCAUAAUGAACCCAGUCGCAGAGCCUCAGGCCUCGAUGCAGAACCAGCAGCACCUUCCCCCACUGCACAGUUCCUUCCAGGCUUCCCAGCAACCUGCAAGUCAAGCCGGAGCUCAGAAUCAAUACCAAGGAAUGAUGCAGCCUGGGAUGCAGCCAGCGGUACACACAAUGGUGCCUAAACAUAGCACUGAAGAAGCUCCCGGUGCUCCAACUGGCGACAUCAUGCUGCCAGUGCAACCAAUAACGACUGAGAAAAUUGCCAAAAAGCCCAUUCCAGAAGAGCAUGCCAUCCUGAAGAUCACAUUUGAAGGAUUGAUUCAACGAUGUAUGACUGCAGCAACUGACCCUCAAACUAAGAGAAAGCUGGAUGAUGCAAACAAGCGACUAGAAUCCCUGUACAAUAAGCUGCGGGACGAAGUGCUCUCACCAGCCAUAAUUGGUGGUUUACAUAACAUAGCCAGGAGCAUUGAAAGUCGGAACUACACUGAGGGACUAAGCAUCCACACGCACAUCGUCAGCACCAGUAACUUCAGUGAAAUCUCCGCCUUCAUGCCAGUCCUCAAAGUGGUCCUCACCCAGGCUAAUAAACUAGGUGUUUGAUAUAAAAAUGUAAUUUGAAAAGAAAGCAUUAUAUACUUUGUGAAAAGUAAAUAUUGGCCAAACCUAUGUUGGUUUUGGUGGAAAGGGGAAAAAUCUAAACAAAGACAAUUUGAAAACCCAUGGUUAAAUGUAAAAUGAACACGUGUUUCAUUCCACAUUGCAUUUUACCACAACGCCUUAUAUAACAAGGCAAAACAUUCCAAUAUAUAAUCAGAUGAAAUUAAGUCAAUGGGGAUGCACCUUGAUCUUUUAAAUCUGUCUAUGUUGCCUGUUUUUUAUUUAAAAAAAGAACCAAUGAAAAGACAUGACCUACAUAGGACAAAUGAAAUCCGUACAGUAUUGUUAUAAUCCAGCUGCAUGCAUGUCUGAUCAAACUAUCAAAUAAUACAGGUUUAUCCCACUGACUUUAGCUGCAGAGUGUACUUUAGAACACAGGCCUGUGAUUAGCACAAAUACAUUUAUACAGAUUGGAAGAAGAUGGAAUAUUGACCUGAUGAAACUCGAUUAAUGGCCAAGAUUCUCUGGGAAGUUGAAAUAGCUGUUUUGCAUUGCAGUGCAAGCUGUGCAAAAAGUACUACAGGCUUUUCCUACUCUAUGCUCAACUUUAUGAUUCCGAAACUAACCUAAAAUUCAUCUUAUUUUAAAUAAACAUUAAUUUAUUUAAGUGUAUUGCCUUUUAGUUUCUGUUAACCCUUCAUACCUGUUAAAAUGACUGACUCUCAAGACUGUAUAUUUGACAAAUGGUGUCGCAAGCAGUAAAUGCAGGUGUCUGUUGUGUCAGUAUAAUCCCCCUUUGUGUUAUUUUUGGAGCUUUCUGUUGACCAGGUAAAGCCAAAAACAAAUAGUGCAUUUUGAAUAUUGAAAGAAGCUCUUGAACGGUGAAGAUAAUCACUUUGAUUUUACCAAAAGCAAAUGUUAAUGAACCUUUGGCAAAAGACAAACUAGUGGAGGAACUCAGUGUGCCAGACAGCAUUUGCAGGAGGAAUGGACAGACAUUUUUGGGGUGCUUCUUCAGACAAUUUCCCUCCACAGAUGAUGUCUGGUCUGCUGAGUUCCUGCAACAGGUUAUUAUUUUACUCAAAAUUCCAUCAUCUGCAGUUUCUUAUGUCACCAUGUUAAUGAAUCUUUAUUCUCUGAUGAUAUCUGCCAUGUCACAAUAAUGAAAUCUGAGGCCAUUCCAUCCAAUAUCUGCUAAUAUAGAUCACGUUUUCUAAAUUUCGGUUUCAGCAUCCUGAGAAUAGAUAUAAAUUCAAUAAUGUGUCAACAAAUACUAACGUCUGUUAAUGUACAGGACUAUAGCUACAGGAUUGUGUAUCCUUAGCUAGUGAAUGUGGGAAGGAACUGCAGAUGCUGGUUUAAACUGAAGAUAGACACAAAAUGCUGGAGUAACAGGCAGCAUCUCUGGAGAGAAGGAAUAGGUGACUUUUCGGGUUGAGACCCUUCUUCAAACGGUGAAUGUGAUUGCUUCACCAAGCCAGGUUACCUCGGCAUAACCCGGAGAUUUCAAAAGUUCCGUGAAUGGUACCCUUGAGACCAUAUCGUGUUGCAGCAACCAAAAUUCAUCUUUAUAUUUAAGAAGAAAAAGAAUCAUUACAGGCUAGAAAUAGAAACCUUGGUUGGUACACUUUAUUGCCACAUACAUCACAUGGAGCUGUCUCCUGCUCCAAUGUAACAGGAGACAGCUUUAAGCUGCCUCAUGCCGAUGAGACAUAAGAUUCCACAAUAUGAUUAGGAUUGUAAUUCAUAGUUAAGAACAUUUCAACUUAUUUUAUUCAGACAUGAAUUUUGUUUCUUGCUUCAUAGAUGCUGCAUGACCUGCCAAGUACUUCCAGCAUUUUCUAUUUUUAUGUCAUGUCUUAUCUGUUGGUUAAAAAAAAUGUCAAUUUGCUGAUAAGGACGUAAUUUAUUUUAUCAAUACAUUAUUGCCACUUAAUGUUAAAUUCUUCUAAAAUAGUCAGGGUCAUAGUCUGAAUAACUCUAAUGACAAUCUUUAUCAGCUGCUUUGAUCUUGAAUUUUGUCAUAACCCCAACAUCAAAAGAAUAUUUCCUUUGAUCAUUUAUAUUGAUUUCUAUAUUUAGAGUUUGCUUAAGGAAUACAAAUGUCAGAAGGUAUUUGAUUGAAAACAAAAUAUUAAUAUAACAGAAGGGAUCUUGUCCAAAUGAAAUAAUAAAUCACCAGAUAGGAUCAUGAAACAGAAAUAUUUAAUCAGAAGAAAAAAGAUACCAUUACAAUAUUCUAAAUGGCAAAGGAGCAUCAAGUUCUGGUUGGAUUUAGAUUGAAUCUAGAGUUUUAAUAAACCUUGGUAAAUGUAGGUCUGCUGUAAUGUGAUAGUUGUGUUCCUAAUAAUGCAGUUUGUUAUAGAAAAUCACGUUAUAAAGACGAUUGUGUCAAUGGCGGAAAGAGGAUUAGCGGCUAGAUUUGCAGAUUUGCAAUGGCAGUUAUUUUUACCAUGGGAUUUUCAAAAUAAAAGUAUUUUUAAUAACA